CCCCUGCUUAUAAACCCCCACAGAAUAUCUUGUGUCAAUCAUUCUCUCCCACCAGGUUAUGGCAACAUAGCACCGUCAACAUUCUCUCCCACCAGGUUAUGGCAACAUAGCACCGUCAACAGUGGGAGGUCGAGUGUUCUGUAUGGUGUUCGCUCUAGUGGGUAUCCCUCUAACACUCUCUGUUAUUGCUGAUAUUGGUGACGUUCUUGCUUCUCUCGUUCCUGUGGCCACUCUCAACACACUCCUUCCCAAAGGGAAGCUACGAGCAGUUUCAACAGUAGUGGCCACUCUCAGCUUGCUGGCCGGGUUCAUAGCUCUUGGCGGAGUACUGUUUAUGUGGCUGGAUGGCUGGACCUUCAUGGAGGCCACUUAUUUUUGCUUCAUCACCACCACCACCAUCGGUUUUGGCGACCUUGUGCCUGCCACCUCCUCACUGCUCUGCUGCACGCUCUACAUCAUCGUGGGUCUGGCUCUAACCUCCACGGUGAUAGAGCUGGUACGAAGACAGUACGCCUCUUCCUGGGAACAAAUGAAGCAUCUUUCAGCCAGGCUACACACACUGUCCGGCCCUCUAGCCUUGGCCAUGAGGAAACUAGCCGAGUCUGGCACCGGACAGGUUGAGGUGGACCUGGACCUGGUGAGGGAGCUCAGGGACCUGAAUGUGGCCCUGGCCAAGGUGCAGCAGCAGGAGAAGCAGCAGGAAGAAGGGCUUACUGCUGAAGCAGGGGGCGAGGACCCCUGGGAGGCCUUGCUUGACAUGGCAGCUAGCAAGAAGAGAAUUACCAUUGUAAUGUAUGAGAGUAAUGUGUGAGUGUCUCUCUCUCUCUCUCUCUCUCUCUCUCUCUCUCUCUCUCUCUCUCUCUCUCUCUCUCUCUCUCUCCCUGUGUGUGUGUGUUCGAUACCUUAGAAACGCCUCUUCCAAUCCUCUUCAAACUUCCACCAACGCUUCUGUAAGGGAGUUUUACGGUGCAGGUGUCGCCAGAGACGGAUUUUGACCUCCUGAGACCCUGACCAAAUCAAAUUAAAGGUCUGUAUACAAGGUAUACAGACCAUAUCUGACAUCAGUGACAUACUACUAUAUAGAAAGUCGCUUGUUAUGCUAAGCAUUUCCCGCAAAUUAGGUCAAUUUUGUCCCAGGAUGCGACCCACACCAGUCCACUAACACCCAGGAUGUGACCCACACCAGUCGACAAACACCCAGGAUGCGACCCACACCAGUCCACUAACACCCAGGAUGCGACCCACACCAGUCCACUAACACCCAGGAUGCGACCCACACCAGUCGACAAACACCCAGGAUGCGACCCACACCAGUCGACUAACACCCAGGAUGCGACCCACACCAGUCCACUAACACCCAGGAUGCGACCCACACCAGUCCACUAACACCCAGGAUGCGACCCACACCAGUCCACUAACACACAGGAUGCGACCCACACCAGUCCACUAACACCCAGGAUGCGACCCACACCAGUCCACUAACACACAGGAUGCGACCCACACCAGUCCACUAACACCCAGGAUGCGACCCACACCAGUCCACUAACACUCAGGUACCUAUUUUACUGCUAGGUGAAGAGGAACAGCAAAUGCCUUAAGGAAACACGUCCUAAUGUUUCCAGCCGUACCGGGGAUCGACCCUCGGACCUCAGUGUGUGAGCUGAGUGCACUAGCGAUGGAGCUAGCUGACCAGAACCAAGUUCCUGGCACCCAUGGCUGUCAGUAUCAACUGGGAACUUUGACUGCCUCACCAGUAAGAAUACAAACAGACUUUCAGCCUUAAAAACGGAGACUGUUGUCACCUCUGGCUAGGCAGUAGUCUGGAGGUGUCAACGCGUGCUUCCAUGUGGUUGGUAGCGCACUCAGCUCACACACAGGUCCGUGGUUCGAUCACCGGUACGAGUGGUAACAUUUGGGCGUGUCUACUUAAGACACCUGUUUCCCUGUUCACCUAGCAGUAAGUAGAUACCUGGGAGUUAGUCACCUUACACCUGCUGUCACUGUUCACCUAGCAGUAAGUAGAUACCUGGGUGUUAGCCACCUUACACCUAUUGUCACUGUUCACCUAGCAAUAAGUAGAUACCUGGGAGUUAGUCACCUUACACCUGCUGUCACUGUUCACCUAGCAGUAAGUAGAUACCUGGGUGUUAGUCACCUUACACCUAUUGUCACUGUUCACCUAGCAGUAAGUAGAUACCUGGGUGUUAGUCACCUCACACCUACUGUCACUGUUCACCUAGUAAUAAGUAGAUACCUGAGUGUUAGUCACCUUACACCUACUGUCACUGUUCUCCUAGCAAUAAGUAGAUACCUGAGUGUUAGUCACCUUACACCUACUGUCACUGUUCACCUAGCAAUAAGUAGAUACCUGGGUGUUAGUCACCUUACACCUACUGUCACUGUUCUCCUAGCAAUAAGUAGAUACCUGAGUGUUAGUCACCUUACACCUACUGUCACUGUUCACCUAGCAAUAAGUAGAUACCUGGGUGUUAGUCACCUUACACCUACUGUCACUGUUCUCCUAGCAAUAAGUAGAUACCUGGGUGUUAGUCACCUUACACCUACUGUCACUUCACCUAGCAGUAAGCAAGUACCUGGGUGUUAGUCAACAGGUGUGGGUCUUAUCCUUGGACAAAACUGACCUAAUUGGCCCGAAAUGCUCUACAUAAGUAAGGACUUUACAGUAUGCCAUUGAUGUCAGCUAUGGUCUGUAUAAGUUAUAUCAUGUACUUGUAUAAAUAAAGAUUAUUAGUAGUAGUAGUACCAUUACUAUCAUAUACAUUAGUUACAUGUGUAUUGUACACUGUAUUCAUGUAAUAUAUUGGUAACUACAAAAGAUACAGAGAUGUACUAGUUUUAGUUAGUUUAAUAUGUUUAUUAUGCACCCCAUACCCAUCCUGUGGGCGGUAGUCAAAAGAUUACAGAGGUACAUAAUUGGUCCAGGGACUGGACUCCAAAGUUUUGAUAGCUGAGCAAGUUACAGAGGUAAUGAACUCACAAUUUACAAAGGUAAUGAACUCACAAUUUACAAAGGUAAUGAACUCCAGGUAAGUCUGGUCACAAUCAUGACAAGUUACAAAGGUAUUUACAGAUUACAGAGGUACGUAAUGGGUCCAGGGACUGGGCCCCCAAAGUUUUGAUAGCUGAACUAGGAACAAGGGUAAUGAGCUCACAAGUUACAAAGGUAAUGAAUUCUGUAGAAUGGUUACUUACGUUUAUACUUUGGCUACAAUCAUGAACAAAUUAUAGAGUAAUGAGCAAUUCACACUUCCACACCCGGUCACAACUGUAAUGAGUUAUUGGUGCAAAUAUUGA